GCAACUAGUACUGCCAUUAGUACUGUAGUGGUCUCCGCUCCGCAUCUAUUCGGAAACGUCACUGAUCUCCGCAUCUCUCGCCGCCAUGCUCUCUCAGAUCGGCCUUCCGCCAUUCGCGAAUAUUCGCGAAAUAGAGACUGUUUCACGAUCCGAGGGUAGCGGGAAUUUGCGGUUGCCGAUUGUUAAUUCGCAUGCCUGUCUCUCUCGUCAGCUGCUCUCUGUCUUAGUCUCGAAAAAAUCGCCUCAGUAGUAGUAGUACCAGUUAUUCAUUCCCAGCUCAUUCCCAGAGCUGGGAAUCGCCUCAUUCCCAGCUCCCAGCUUCCCAGUUGCGUAACCUUAGCUUCCCAAUUCUACCUUCCUGGAGAGCUUCGGUGCCUAGUACUCCGGUGUUCAACUCUACCUCUCCGGUGUGUACCGUUACCGGAGAGCUUCAACUCUGCCGCAAUGGCGGCCCUCAAUCAUCAUCUCGAUUCGGCCGCAACAUCUUCCUUAUGAUCGGGAUGUAGCAAAUGCAAUCGUGCCACGUGGCACCCGCAGCAAGAGAUGCCGGACCAAUCGAUCCGCGUUAUCAUUCACGGGCAAGAUUGCCGCGUUAUCGUUCGACGGAUAAUCCUGCGCCUAUUGUCUCGGAGUCGACUAGAAAAGGACGAGGGGACCCGGCGGCGAGUAGUACUACCGCUUAUGCACUCCCUCCCAUACGCGUUUCAGCGUUUCCGUACGCGCUAUUGGAUGUUACGAUGCGAUUUAAGAUAGCCUUCAAAAUGUCCUGGACGUCAAUCUCCUCGCGCCUCCUCCCCCUCCCUCUCCUGCUUCCCCUCCUCCUCCUCUCCCUCGCACGAUGCUCCCCGUGCGACGCCGCCGCCGCCGCCGCCGCCGCCGCUGCCCCCGCAAGAACCGCCGACCAGAGCCACGGACCGAAAUUCACGGCGCACGGCACGCCUCAAAUCAGCCGACGGACUCCGUCGAUCCCUCUUGAAGACCCACCUGUCUCCUCGAUUUCUUUUCGUGAGAAUAACCGCGUUCUGAGACGGAGGCAGGAGGGGGUUCUCGCGAUUCGAUCUGCGUCGCUAAAGCAACAGGAAGGGCUUGAGUCGACGUCCCGGGGAGACGGCGAGCGUCGCCGAGUGGUCAGCUCGCGAGUGCUUGUACCGCGAGCGUCGCUGCGAGUGCCGCCGCAGGAAUCGCUAGUAGCUCCUCCUUCGCGAGCGUCGCAAAAGUCGCGAUCGUCGCGCGUGUUGCGAGAAGCGUCGCGAGCGUCGCAGGCGACGGAGCUGCACGAGCAGCUGGCAGUGCUGUGGGCGAUGGCAAGCCGAGUGACGAUCAACGGCACUGUCAUCAUCGCCUCCUUCAACGCUGGCUACGACGAGAUGCUAGAGAACUGGGCAUUACACGUGCAGGCGGUGGGUCUGGGCGGCCACUUCAUCAUCUUUGCUGCGGACCAGACGGCCCUAGCAUUCGCCAGCAGCAAGUGGCCGGGGCAGGCCAUUCUGCUACCGCUCACAGGCCAGUUUGGGCGUGAGGAGAAGGUGGACGAUUUCGAAUCGGCGCAUUUCUUUGCGGACGCAGGGUUUCACAAGGUGGCCUCGCAUCGCGCAGUGUACAUUCUACACCUACUGUGCUUCGGCUUUAACGUUCUUUAUAGUGAUAUUGAUAUCGCGUGGGUGCAAAACCCUAUACCGUUUUUCACAACCAAGGGGAGCGUAGGGAUUGCGAGGGGAAAGGCCGAGGCAGAAGAGAAACUGAGGGUUGAAGCGGAGGAGAAAGCAAGGGCAAAGGUUGAAGCAAAAGCAAAAGCAAAAGCCGAAGCAAAAGCAAAAGCGGAGGCGAAAGCUAGAGCCAAGGCAGAGGCUGAGGCAAAGGCCACAGCCAAAGCCGAAGCACGGACAGAAGCAGGAGCAAGACUCAAGGCAAGAGCUCGGGCAAAGGCAAAAGCUGCUGAAGGUGAUGCAGAGACCGCAGAUGAGUCUUUGCCUGCUGAUGGUGGUGGUGUUGGUGGUGGUGGUGGUGGGGAGACAGAGGAGAGAAGGACUGAGGAAGGGGGGAGAGAAGCAGGGGCGGGAGGGGAAGUGGCAGCAGAAGCAGUGGCAGGAGAAGCAGCAGAAGCAGCAGCAGCAGGAGCAGGGGGAGAAGGAGGGGGAGAAGUAGGGGCGGACCCAGCAGGUGAUGUGGGGGAUGUGGGGGAUGUGGGGGAUGUGGGGGAUUUGGGGGAUGUGGGGGAUGUGGAAACAGGAGCCGGGGGAGAGGGGGAUGUGGGGGCGGUGGGCGCAACAGAAGAAGUAGGAGCAGGUGCAGAAGGAGCAGCAGGAGCAGAAGGGGGAGCAGCGGGAGUUGCAACCGAUGCAGGUGCAGAGGUGGGUGAGGAGGGGCAGCAAACGCGGAGGUUGCAGGAGGAGCAGGAGGCGACUCAGGGGCUAAAACAAGGGGACGAGGAGGAGAAUGGAGAGGAGGAGGCACAGCAGCAGCCGGAGCAGCCGGAGCAGCCGGAGCAGCCAGAGCAGCAGCAGGAGCAGGGGGAGCAGGAGCAGCAAGAGGAGGGGCAGGGGGGGCAGGAGGAAGAGCCUCCGAAACCAAAGAUUGAAUAUGAAGGGGAAGAAGAGGAGGAUUUUGACGUGUACCUUACUCUGGAUGAGAGCAUACUCGCUAAUGCAUCAAACGCCUGCGAGCCUACAAGCUACUACUGGAAUAAAAAGAUCUACUGUAGCUGUUUUCUCUAUGUUCGCCCCACUCCCGGCGCCAAGGCGUUUAUCGCGAAUUGGGCGUUUAGGAUGGCGAAAACGGGGCGGUUUGGGGGAUUAGACCAGGAUCAGAUGAGGGACGUUAUCGCCUGGAUGGAGCUGAACGGAGUGGAUGGGAAAAUUGUCGCGCCUAAAAUCGGGGUUCUCCCGCCGAAUAAAUUCCUUUCCGGGCAGGUUUUGGCAGACAAUUGGACGCGGUACGAGACAUUAAAGCCCAAGGUGGUCACGGUUCAUGCGAAUUAUAUAGCCGGGAGGGAUGCAAAGAAAGAGAGACUGAGACAAGCAGGGUUCUGGAGGGUGGAGGAGAGGAGGAAGGAGGAGGGGAGGAGGGAGGUAGAGGGGUUGACUCUAGACUGGGAAGGGGAGACCUGGCUGAGGGAAUACCUUUUGGAAGUUGCUCGGAAGGCGCAUGGCAUGGGGGGCGAUGGGUGGGCGAUAGUGGUGGUUGUGUGUGAGGGGGAAGGGGACCUGUUCUUGAACUGGCUCAAGGGCAUCUCGCUCCUUGGAUUCGGUGGGAGGUUCGUGGCUGCCGUGGCUGAAAAGGCUGUAGCAGCGUCCAUCCCUGGGUUCAGCAACCACCUGCUGCCCUUCCCCACUCAAGUCCCCUCAUCCAAUGCCUCUCGAGUGUGCCCCGCCCUGCCGGCACUCUUGGCUGCUCAACUCAUGCAGGCAGAGCAGAAUACGAUCAUCAGUGACGUCAGCACCGUGUGGCUAAAAGACCCCUUCCCCUUCUUCUCUCCCAAUUUCAACCUCAUCCUACCUUCCUUCCGAGACCAAUCCCCCUCUCUGACCACCAUCCCCUCCUCCCCCUCCCUCUCCCUGGCUCUCCUCCCCUCCUCCGCCGCCUCCUUCCCAUCCCCAAACCCCUCGGUCAUAUCCACUGCCCCUGCUGAUCCGACUGCUCCCAUACCUGCUGCUGCUGCUGCUGCUGAUGCUGGGGCUGCUGCUGCUGCUACUGCCACUGCCACCACCGCACCACUUUCCCUUCAGCAGCUAGGCUUUCUGUCUAUCUGGUUGAUUGCCCUCCGCCCAUCCCCACCCACUAAGCAUUUCACUUUAGAGUGGGCCCGGCAGGCCUUCUCUAACCACAGGAGAAAAGCAGCGGAAAUAGGGACUGUCCCUCAAGAAACCACACCCAGCGGCAGCAGCAGCGGCAGCAGCGACGACGGUUCUGGUUCGGGUCCGAGCCUCCGGUUCAGGUUCGGGAAGCUACGAACCACGGGCUUGCAGGCCUGCAUGAACCGAGCCAUAGCACGUAUGGUGGAGGCUGGAGGGGAGGGGGAGGGAGGAGCGUCUGUAGGGGUGUUGCCUGUGCCUCUGUUCCCCCCUGGGUGGUUGGCAGUGGGGAAUCGGGAGUGGUUUGAAGCACAGAGGGGGAGGUUGGUUGCGGUUCAUAAUAACUGUGGUAUGGAUAGCAAGCACAAGGCGAAGUGCUUCCGAGAUAUGAAAUUAUGGAUGCUUGAUGAGUGAUGAUGGAGUGGUACCGUAGUAGCCUGGCAGGGCAGGGUGGUCUUGUAGUCAGCAUUCUUUUUUACUUUGUCAUGAGUAAAGACUGCUGGCUGGCUGGCUGGCUGGCUGGCUGGCUGGCUUACAGUGCUAAAGUUCAGAGGGUUCAACAUAUCAUC